UGGAGUAGUAACAAUAAAAAAAUAGAUGAAUUUAUUAAAAAUGCACAAAAGUCAGAAAAAUAUUAUGACAAAAUAAUUGAGUGGAUACCUUUCGAAAGAUUAUCAAAUAUUAAACCAAUUGGAGAAGGUGGUUUUGGUAUAGUUUAUUCUGCAAAUUGGUUUGAUGGAAAACGGAAAUAUCUCAGUGAAAAUAAAAAAAUAAAGCUAACUCGUGAAGAGGAAUGCAAAGUUGCUUUAAAAGGACUAAAAGAAGGCGAUUUUCUGGAAGAGUUUAAAGCUUCCUAUGAAUGUCAGCUUAAAAAAUAUAGUGUGGAAAAAUAUGCAAUAGAGACAUAUGGAAUUACUUUCGAUCCAAUUAACAAGAAAUAUAUGAUGGUUUUGGAGUAUGCAGACAAAGGAGUUCUUAGGGAAUACAUAUCCAAAAAUUUUCUUAAAUGGGAAGAAAGAAUAGAAAUUCUUUGCUCAAUAUCAGAUAAUUUAAAUCAUAUUCAUAAGCAAGAAAUAUGUCAUAGGGAUCUUCAUAGUGGUAAUAUAAUAAUGACAAGUGUCUGGGAUUUUAAAGAUCUUAAAAUUAGUAUAUAUCCCCUAGGCAAUAGAAUAGUAGUGGUUUCACAAGUUUCACAAGAUGCUAAAAACAAGUCGAAUAUAGAACCAAAGAUCAUAGAUUUAGGUUUUUCUAGAAAAAUAGGUGAUGCAACAGAUAAUAAAAUAUUCGGUAUAGAAGAUUACAUUGCACCUGAAAUAUUAUUUGGAAGUGCGCAGAAUUAUACAAAAGCAUCAGAUAUUUAUAGUUUAGGGGUAAUAAUGUUAGAGAUGUCAAUUGGAAAGUCAUCUGAAUUACAACCAAGAUUCUCUUCAGGAGGUGUGCAGAAUUGCGCAGAAACAUCAGAUAUUUAUGGUUUGGUAAUUUCGGAGAUGUCAACUAGAAAGUCAUCUGAAUUACGAUUAGAAUUACCUAAUUGUUAUAAACAGCUUGCAGAAAGGUGCAUGCACAAAGAACCAUCAAAACGGCCAACUGCCGAAGAACUUUAUAACGAGCUUCAGGAAUGGAAAGGAAUUCUUAAGAAAGAAGAAAAUGAGUUAGAUUAUAAACAACGUAGGAUAAAGCUAGAAUUUUUAAAUGCUGACAAAAUUGAUUCAGUAUUCUCAAUAACUUUACAAGAAC